AUGGUCCUCAAGCUCCACGGCCUCGCCAUGUCGACCUGCACCAAGCGUGUGCAGGUUGUCCUCAACGAGAAGGGUGUCGACCACGAGUUCGUCCCCAUCGACUUCGCCAAGGGCGAGCACAAGUCCGAGGCCUACCUCGCGAACCUCCAGCCCUUCGGCAAGGUGCCCGCGCUCGAGGACACCGAGACUGGAGUCAAGAUCUUCGAAAGCAGAGCCAUCGGCCAAUACAUCGCCUCCAAGUACCGCGGCCAGGGCAACGAAGUCUCCCCCCCCGAGUCGGACCUGAAGGCCUUCGCUCUGUACCAGCAGGCUCUCUCCGUCGAACAAUCCUACUUCGACCCCGCCGUGUCCGGCAUCGCAUUCGAGAAGGUCUUCAAGGCGAUGAAGGGUCUGGGCCAGACGGACGAGGGCCGCGUGCAGGCGCUGGUCGCCCAGCUGGACGCCGCCCUGCAGGGCUACGAGCGCAUCCUGUCCAAACAAAAGUACCUGGCCGGUGACAGCGUGACCCUGGCCGACCUGUACCACCUCCCGUACGGCGCCUUCGUCGAGCCUUUCGGCUUCGCCGAGCUCCUGCCCAAGUACCCGCAUACCCAGAAGUGGUGGGAGGAGCUGAAGGCCCGCGAGAGUUGGAAGAAGAUCGCUGAUGCUAAAUAA